AUGGAAACUGAAUAUAAACUAUCGCAUAAAACAAAAAAGCGAAUUAAAGAAGUUAAAAGAAAGGCCAGACCCGAACUAGCUGAUAAACACCAAUGGACAGCCUUAAAGUAUGCCAAUAACUUUGAGGAAUUUUUAAAAUGUAAAGAUAACGUGGAUAGAAUUAACGCGAACGAAUUCAGUGAAAAAGAUUUUAUAGACAAGUAUGAAAAAAUUUACAAGCCCGUUGUUAUCACGCACACACAAACAAAUUGGAAAGCCAAUCACAAAUGGACUCAGGACAGACUUGCCAAAAAGUAUCGGAACCAAAAGUUCAAAUGUGGAGAGGACAAUGAAGGCUAUAGUGUUAAAAUGAAAAUGAAGUAUUACAUAGAGUAUAUGAGGACGACCACUGACGAUAAUGAUUUGUUUAAAUAUUGCGGUGAAGAGAGGAGACCGCCAUAUAGAUGGUUUGUUAUGGGUCCCCAAAGAUCGGGGACCGGCAUUCAUAUUGACCCACUCGGAACUAGUGCGUGGAAUGCUCUCGUCUUUGGACAUAAGAGAUGGUGCCUGUUCCCAACUCACACUCCAAGAGAAAUGAUCAAAGUAACUGGUGCUAUGGGAGGAAAACAGAGAGACGAAGCUAUUACUUGGUUUAAGCUUAUAUACCCUAAAACACAACUAGACACAUGGCCCAAGGAGUAUCAACCAGUUGAGAUACUUCAGAAGCCAGGUGAGACAGUAUUUGUUCCCGGAGGUUGGUGGCAUGUGGUUCUCAACUUGGAUGACACGGUGGCCGUCACUCAGAACUUCUGUAGCCGCACUAACUUCCCCGUUGUGUGGCACAAGACUGUUAGAGGACGUCCUAAGUUAUCAAAGAAAUGGAUCAAAGUGCUCGAGGCCAAAGAACCGGAGCUGUAUAAGGUUGCGAGCGGAAUGGAUCUUAGUCAGAGUACUGGUGUGGCCUCUGAUAGUUCAUCCAAUAGCAGUUCUUCAAGUAGCGACAGUGACAGUAGCUCGUCCGAUAGUUCGAGUGAAGAAGACAGCGGCCAGGAAAGCAUCACUGCCCAUAAGAAGAAGAGAAAAAGGAAACUUUAA